AAUCAGAUGGUCCUGUCUGUCCGUUCGUUGUUCUUGUUGGUCGGUCUAGAUAUUAGAGGAGACUGGAACGGUGACGGCGAUGGAGACGGAGCAGCGGCCCUCCUCUCCCUCCCUGCCUCCCUCUCGCAUAUGCAGAAUUAGUUCGUCAGAGGCGCCCCGCCUGUAACUGCUCGGCCGGUGCACUGCUCCCGCUACCGUUCAAAAUUCACCUUCUCCUGCCCCCCGAGCCUGUCGAGUUGUCAUUUUCCGUGCCGUGUUGGCUUUACAAUUAAGUUGGUGCCCCACCUCGCAAGUCGCAAUCGCUCCGUUCCCUCUUCAACAUAAACCCUAGAAUGGUCGGCUCUGUCGAGCUUUUGGGUUGAGUUGAGUUGAGGCCUAGUUGUUUUCUUGUAUGAAUUUUGGUCAUGGCCGAGAUACACCGGCCGGAGUCGCAACAGAUGAACGGUGAGAGGGCAUUGGCGAGCGUUCCGUCAGAGAUUGGAUCCAAGCGGCAGCGCAGGCCCAGCGUCCGCCUGGGCGACAUAGGUGGAGACCCGCCCUAUGAUUCCCAUUUCCGGAGGUCCACCAAGCAGUGGAAGCCCCCAAAUUUCUCCCUCAAGGACUCUGGUAACCCCCAUAAAUCCUCCAAGACUCGUAAUCUCUUGCACCUAAACUCCCCUGGUGCUGAAACCCUAGAUGGGAUCGACAAUUUGGAUUCCUUUGCAAUGGGUAGCUGGAAGACCAAAGACUCAAAGAAGCGUGCCACCGCAAAGAAGGUCCGCACAAAUUGGGUUUCUAAGGUCACCGAUGAAGGUGGAGGUGGUGAACCUGAUGCCGAUGAUAUGUACAGCACUGGCGAAUAUCUCGACGAUGAUGGCUACCGUGAGUUUGACAUGGAGAACUCUGAGAGUCCUUUGAAGGAUCAGAGCCCGCUACAUUCUUCGGAGAAUUUGGCAGCCGAUAAUGAGAGGGAUUCUUCCCUGUAUAGGAGACCAUCCACCCGGGCCGGGAGUCGGAGUAGAGACCACCACAGCCACGACGGGAUCGAUAUUUCAGGGCCCUCUGACACUGAUGUCAGGGACAGGAAUGGACAGUGUCGAGAGGAUGGAGUCAAGAUUUGGCUGAAUGGGUUAGGACUUGGGAGGUAUGCACCUGUUUUUGAGAUUCACGAGGUUGAUGAUGAGGUCUUGCCCUUGUUGACAUUGGAGGAUUUGAAGGACAUGGGCAUUAAUGCAGUCGGUUCGAGGAGAAAAAUGUACUGUGCAAUUCAGAAGCUUGGAAAGGGAUUUUCCUGAGUCAAUAGUUAGUUCCCUAUUCUAAUACAUAUCAGCCGUGGCAUUUGGCUAUGUAAGAUUGCAUAACUGUCUCUGACCCGGUUUUUGCUUCUAGUAGAUCUUCUCUUGGUCCCUAAAUCCAGCUGGUAGUAGUUCCUUCCUUCCUGGUUUACAGUUUUCUUAUGGUAUUACUAAUCCAUUGCUUUUUACCCUUAAUAUAUAA